AUGGAGACCUCGAAAAAGUACAAUGAGAAUGGAGCCAAGUGUUGCGAAAGGCGUUUCAAUGCUGUAGCCACGCCCCUCCAUUUACCGGUUAAGCGUCGCAAGGAAACAGAUGUAGACAGAAAAAACUUCCUUCAUCACACAGAGGGAGCUCUGACGUGGACACACACAAACCUAACCAAUCAACCAACCACCCCUACCCCACCCCCACCCCUACCCCCAUCACUCGCCCCUACCCCCAUCACUCGCCCCUACCCCCAUCACUCGCCCCUACCCCCAUCACUCGCCCCUACCCCCAUCACUCACCCCUACCCCCAUCACUCGCCCCUACCCCCAUCACUCACCCCUACCCCCAUCACUCGCCCCUACUCCUAUCACUCGCCCCUACUCCCAUCACUCGCCCCUACCCCCAUCACUCGCCCAAACCCCCAUCACUCGCCCCUACCCCCAUCACUCGCCCCUACUCCCAUCACUCGCCCAAACUACCCCCAUCACUCGCCCCUACUCCCAUCACUCGCCCAAACCCCCAUCACUCGCCCCUACUCCCAUCACUCGCCCAAACCCCCAUCACUCGCCCCUACCCCCAUCACUCGCCCCUACUCCCAUCACUCGCCCAAACCCCCAUCACUCGCCCCUACCCCCCAUCACUCGCCCCUACUCCCAUCACUCGCCCAAACCCCCAUCACUCGCCCCUACUCCUAUCACUCGCCCCUACCCCCAUCACUCGCCCCUACCCCCAUCACUCGCCCCUACUCCUAUCACUCGCCCCUACCCCCAUCACUCGCCCCUACAGAUGCACGAACUGAUAAUUCAUUAGAAUAG